AUUAAUCAAUAAUCUGUUUUGUUGGUUGUCUAUACUAAUAGAGCAGGAUUUUUUUCCUGCUGAGCAACUAACCUUGCUGAAAUGAUGACCCUUCCAGAAACCAGCAGUAUUGUUUCCACCCCAUUCCUGACUGCCACGGUUCGGUCACAACAAAAACAAAUACUACGUCGAAGUGACACUUCUGUGACCAUUUUUCCUGAGUGGUCUUCAAGUGUGUUUUUAUUGAUUCUCAAUAAUGGCGAAACAAACCGCAAAAUUGCAAGUUCUGGAAAGUAACAGGCAGUUUACGACUACUCUCUACAACGUUUUGGCGGAAAAACCAGGAAAUGUUGUUUUUUCUCCUAUUAGCGUGCACGCUGUCCUCUCCAUGUCCUACAAAGGUGCCAAAGGUACAACUGCUGAGAAGUUUGCUUCUAUACUGCAAGUACCUACAGCUGCAGCUGCUGCAGAAGGUUACAACAUUGUGAUGAAUCGUCUCAAUUCUAUUCCAUAUGUUACACUUCUGACGGCUAAUAAAAUCUACCUUAUGGAGGGCUAUGAACUCUUACCUGAGUUCAGCAACGCCAUCACUAAGAAUUUCUUAUCUGAAGUAGAACUACUUAAUUUUGCUGCAAAUGAGGAAGCUGCUGCAACGAUUAACGCUUGGGUGGAAGAGAAGACAAAAGAGAAAAUUAAGAAUCUAAUUAACAAGGACGCUCUAAAUGCAUUGAACCGCUUAGUACUUGUAAACGCCAUCUAUUUCAAGGGCAACUGGAAGGAUACAUUUUACCAGGAAAAUACCACAACUGAACCAUUCUAUCUCAAUGAUGUAGAUUCAGUUGAAGUGCAAAUGAUGCAUGCGGCAAGGAAUUUCUAUUAUAAUGAAGAUACAACGCUGUAUGCCAAAAUUUUAAAACUGCCUUACAUUAACGAGGAUCUAAGUAUGAUCAUUAUUUUACCUUACGAUAGGAAUGGAAUUGCUGAACUGGAAAAGAAACUGGGCACUAUCAAUUUAACUGAGAUAAUACAAAAUAUGUGGCCUAGGUUAGUUAUCGUAUCUUUACCUAAAUUCAAAAUUGAACAAACCAUCGAUUUAAAGUCAUCUUUAACUAAGAUUGGAUUUGGUGAAAUUUUUGAAAAAUCUCUCGCUAAUUUUAGUGGCAUGAUUACUGCCAGUGAGCAGCUAUUUGUAAGCAAAUUUAUACAGAAAGCUUGCAUUGAAGUAAAUGAACAAGGGACUGAAGCAGCAGCUGCAACUACUGGUUCGGUGGAGAUGUUCUGUCGUAUGCCAGACGAGUUCAUAGCAGAUCAUCCAUUUAUAUAUUUUCUCUGCGACGAAAAGAGUAGUUACAUUUUUGCUGGACGCCUCUUCAAUCCGAAUAGUAAAUCAUAAUGAAGUUUUCGUUACCAUAUUGUGGGAUAACUGCAACAAUGAAUAACGCCACAUGCCUACGCCUUUGUGGAACAUUUAUAAUUAUGUAAAAAUGAAGAUGUCUAUAGUUAUAUUUUUCUGGGUUUUAUUGUUCAAAGAUAUAAUACGAUCAGGUAUGUCUGAUAUUGUGAACCGCAUUGAAAUUGAACAGUCACAUCUGAACAUUGUAUAGGCAUGUGAAAAAACUGAUGAUUAGAUUUUGCUUCAAUGUUGAGAUAAGUUCGAUUCUUAGCCUAAUUUAAUAAAAUUGGUUUCUUCUAAGUGUUAGACAUCAUUUUAUAGAAAUUAUAGGACAUUGCCAAUCUAGUUUGUAUGAGAUAUUAAACAGGUGAUACAAGAUUCAAACCUAUGUCUUCUACUUUUUACAUAUUCGUCAAUGGAACAUUUGAUAUUAUUAUGGUAAAUCCUUCCUGUAAAACUUAUAUAUAAGUAAACCGAUCAGCUACUUAAAAACACGAAGAUUAUAGGUAAGCACCCAGGAAGACAGCAUUAUUCUACAAAACGAUUAAAAUAAAAUAUUUCCUUUGUGUGUAUACAAUAUAUAUCAAAAAGUGUCGUUUUAUUCAAUUUUACCUUAAAUUUAACACUACAUUUUGUUGAUAAUGUGGUGCUUAAUUAUGUUAGGAAGUCCAUAAUUUAGAUAUAAAACGUCG